AUGGAGACUCCGACAAUCCGAUGGGGCAUCCUAGACGCACCAGUCAAGCAUCUCAUCACCGCCAUUAGCACCUCAACACAGGAAAAGGGGAAGGCCUUCGUGUCGAAGAUCUGGGCCAACAGCAAUGAGCCGAAACCAGUUGUAUACGAUCGCUAUCAAAAUCUCUAUGAAGACGAAGCGGUCGAUAUUGUCUACGUGGGAACGUCGCAUUCGCUUCAUCGCACGAAUUGCCUGGACGUCAUUACCGCGGAGAAGCACGUGCUGUGCGAGAAGCCAUUCACCAUCAAUGAACGGGAUGCGCGGGAAAUCGUCGACAAAGCCCGACAAAAGAAGAAAAAGAAAGAACUAACCGGUCGCAGCCGCAAGGACUUUCCAGUGCCGGAAGUCUUUACGACCAGGUCAAUCGUAGAUGGUAUUGACGAGAGCAACGUGACCAUCCUCACGUAUAGAGACAACAGACAAGACAAGACAGCAAUCUGUAUGUCUACCUUGUUGGUUCGAGGCCCUACGGGGUUCGGCAGGAUCGAAGGAACGGACGGGUCCAUCGCCUUUUAUACGGAAAAGGGCCCUAGCUGGCCCAAGGGCUUCGUGGUGAAGAAACAAGGGUCCGAGGAGGUGUUCUCUUUUGAUAUGCCGUCGGGUACCGUCGGUUUCGUCUACGAGGCGGAAUCUUUUGCGUUGGACGUCAUCAACGGACGGUUGUAA